UCACAUUUGAAACAAUCUCUGCACCGUUGAUUUGGCAGUGAAUCACAAUCGCAAUCACAAUUUUCAAUAUUGCGAACGAGGUACAUUUUCUUCAUCUCUUCUUCUUCUUCUUCUUCAUUUUCUUCAUACCUACAAUGGUUAUUCUUAGAUUCAGAUUUCAUUCUAUAAUACCAAACUCAACGCUAUUACUCUCUCACACUCAUUUUCAUUCUCUGCCAAAUCUCAAUGACGCCAUUGAUUCCUUCAACCGCAUGCUUCGAAUGCGUCCUCCUCCACCAAUCAUCAAAUUCGGCAAGAUCUUAGGUUCUCUCGUCAAAACAAAACACUAUCCAAUCGUCAUUCAUCUUUUUCAACGUAUGGAAUUACACGGAAUUCAAUCCAACUAUAUCACUUUAAACAUACUCAUCAAUUCCUAUUGCCACCUCCGUCAAAUCAACUCUGCCUUUUCAGUAUUCGCCAAGAUUCUCAAAUUGGGUUAUCAACCUGAUAUAAUUACCUACACUACCCUUAUAAGAGGACUAUGUCUUAACGGCCAAGUUAAAGAAUCGUUAAAUUUUCAUGAUAGAUUAGUUUCUCAGGGAAUUAAGUUGGAUCAUGUUAGCUACGGGACGUUGAUAAAUGGGUUGUGUAAAAUAGGACAAACAGGACCGGCCCUACGGUUGCUUAGAAAGAUUGAAGGAGAGAUUUGUAGGCCGGAUGUUGUAAUGUAUAAUACUAUUAUUGAUGGUUUAUGUAAAGAUAAACUUGUGAGGGAUGCGUUUGAUUUAUAUUGUGAAAUGUUUGAGAAGAGGGUUUUUCCUAAUGUUGUUACUUACACGAGUUUGAUAUAUGGGUUUUGCAUUGUGGGUCAAUUGGAUAAAGCGUUUGGAUUGUUAAAUGAAAUGGUGUUGAAAAACGUAAACCCUAAUGUUUGUACGUUUAAUACAUUGGUUGAUGGUUUAUGUAAGGAAGGAAAGAUGAGAGAAGCGAAAAGUUUGGUUGCAGUGAUGAUGAAAGAAGGUGUGGGACCGGAUGUUUUUACUUAUAAUGCUUUGAUGGAUGGAUAUUUUUUAGUUAAGGAAGCGGGGAAGGCCAAGAAUGUAUUUAACAUUAUGGCUCAAAUGGGAGUGACUUGUGAUGUUCAUAGCUAUAGUGUCAUGAUUAGUGGAUUAUCUAAAAUGAAAAUGUUGGAUGAAGCUAUGGAUCUCUUUGAAGGGAUGCGUAACGAAAAUGUGAUUCCUGAUGUAGUAGCUUAUAGUUCUCUUAUUGAUGGUUUGUGCAAAUCAGGUAGAAUCAAUAGUGCUUUGAAGUAUGUUGAUGAGAUGCAUGAUAGAGGUCAACCACCUAAUGUAAUAACUUACACUUCUUUGAUAGAUGCUUUGUGCAAAAGCCAUCAAGUUGAUAAGGCAAUUGCAUUACUAAAGAAAAUUAAAGAUCAAGGUAUUCAGGCAAAUAUGUAUACAUACAAUAUACUUGUUGAUGGACUUUGCAAAGAUGGUAGACUUACAGAUGCUCAGAAGGUUUUUCAGGAUCUUUUGAUGAAAGGCCAUAAUGUAGAUGUUGUAACAUAUAGUAUUAUGAUCAAUGGGCUUUGUAAAGAGAGCUUGUUUGAUGAAGCAUUGACCUUGCUGUCAAAAAUGGAAGACAAAGGCUGUGUUCCUGAUGCUAUAGCUUAUGAAACAAUUAUUAAUGCUUUCUUUGAAAAAGACAUGAAUGACAAGGCUGAGAAACUUCUUCGUGAAAUGAUUGCUCGACGUCUACUAUAAUUGUCAAAGAUUGUGUCGACUACAAGGAUAAUGGAGAUACCUGUGAUCAGUAUGAUGAGUUUAUCUGCAAAAGAUCAAUUUUGGCAAGCUGGAAUUCCUCAUAUGAUUAUUGACUUCGCCUAGCGUAUUGAUACCAUUUUGCUAGUUACUGUUCCUGAAGCUCAACCACCUACAUUGCUUCAUCUUAAGAGUUCCAAAGGCAUCAUAUAGAAGCAUCUAAUAAAGUAGAAAAAAAACAGUUACUCCCUCCCUUUUACAGGUUUGUAAUUUCUUAAUUAUCAAAGACUAUGUACACUUGAUCCAUUACACUUGAAUUUCUUGAUGUGUUUAGCACUGGAAUAAAUUCAUACCAAUCCUUAUUAUAUAAUAUGUUUAGGAAAAAGGGUGGAAGCCACUAUUUUAAUACCUCUUAUUGUUGAUUCAUUUACAUCCUGGGUGGUUCGUGUUGUCUCAUCUCACUGAUGGUUCUUUUGUUUCUAUUUCAAUGCCGAGUCUGUAAGGAGCUUGAUAAUGUAUUAAAGUAGAGGUGUGGAUAAUAGUCAGCAAUGGUUUUGACAAUUUCUAUUGUUUGAGUUUGUCCAAAUUUGAUGUGUGUACUAGUUGUUGGUGGGUGGGAAUUUGAUGACUGGGAGAGUCCUGUAAGGGAGUAUACUUAGUCUUGCAAGUAAUCAAUAUGAACACUAUGGAUUACAGUGGCAUAUUACAUCUGCCUAAUAAUCGUUUUUAGGAUGCCUUGCCUAUUUUGGUUAACAAUGUUAAGUUGCAGUUUAUCUUAGAACGAUCAUCACAUCAUAUUCGUUAUUUGAUAGAAUUCCAACUAGAGUGAAUCUUUGGAAGCGAAAGGCUAUACCUCCGGAUGCUUCAAGAGGGUGCGUGUUUUGUGGGAAUGUGGAGGAGUCUACAAUCCAUCUUUUCCUCCAUUGUCAAGUGAUAUCUCAAGUGUGGGGAAAGAUUUGGAGUUGGUUGGGAGUUGAGUUUUUAGUCCCCCCUAAUUCUUUCAUCCAAUUAGAAUGUUUAUUAGCCGGAGCUCGUUAUAAAUUGUCAAAAAAAGGAUUUUGGCUAAUUUGGCAUACUUCAAUUUGGGUAAUUUGGAAUACGCUUAAUAGGAAGAUUUUUAAGAAUAAGGAUUUUGAGGUGAAUUUGAUCGUUGAGGAAGUUGAAGUCUUAUCUUGGAAGUGGGGCUUGAAUGGGCUAGAUUGUUCUCCUUGUAUGUUCUAUGAAUGGAGUUGGUUUCUGGGUGAUUGUUUUGGUAGAUAACCUUCGUUUUCUGGUUUGGAUUUCCAGGUUGCAGUGGGCUAGUGGUUUGGGCGUGUGUGGUGGUUGUUAUAGGGGCUGUUCUGCAAGUUUUUGGGUUUUGGUAGGUGUUUGGCUGGUCCCCUUGGUGUGGUUUCAUUCACUGUAAGGGGCUGAUUUUUCCUCCUUUAUAAGCAGUGUUGUAUUCCUGUUCUUGUGCCUCCCUGUUUCGUCUUGUGACAGUGCAUUUGUGCCAAAUAAAUUUUGCUGUUCGAAAAAAAAAACAUAUUCGUUAUUUUGCUUUUUUGUUUCUUCGUUUUUCAUAUCAGUUAAUGAUUAUACUGUAAUGAUAUUCUAUGUUUUUAUGCUUCGACCAAUAAAAAUUGGCAGGACCUGGGAAGAUGAAGCAUCCACCAUAUGCAUCACCAUGAGUCAAAAUUGUAUAUGCUUCAAUGAGGAAUAUCUGUUGGUUUACUUGGUAAAUACGUCAUGAAAAAUAUACUUGGAACUGAUUUAUUUGAAAGAGAAGAAAAAAGGAGCCAGGGGAGCGGGCAAAGAUUUGAUGUAUUAUAUGUCAUUUCCAAAGAAAAAAGGAUUGACAAGCUGCAUUAUUUUUUGUCACAAAACAGUCCACACCAUAAAAUUUACACAAGUUAAAGAGUUGAGUGGAUGCUACUUUGUGGACAGUAAUUCAGCUGAAGCUAGUUUGCAAGAAGAUGAUUCAGAUCUUGAAAGCAAAACUCUUGGAAUAUAGCUCUAAUUUGGUUAAAACUUGAUAUUAGGGGUGGCAAUUAGAUCCAUGAAAUCCAUAUCCAUCCGAUCCAUCCACUAUAAAAUCCAUCCAAUCCAUCCAUAAAACAUUUUUUAUUUUUAAUGGAUUGUAUCCAAUCCAUCCAUUAAACAAUAUGGAUGGAUCUAGUCCAUCCAAUUGAUUUUAAAGAUCCAAUGGAUCACUUUUUAUUGUUUAUUUUUUA